AUGAUAUACGAUAUUUUGGGAGAGAUUGAAGGAGGGAGAUCUGGCAAUCAGAGAAUUUUCUUGUUGCAUGAAAAUGGUAGCUUUUGCAUUUGGAAGAAACCUUCAGUGGCUGUUAUGGAUUCAUGUAACUUCACCGAUAAGGCUCAACUAAAGUCGGGGGAAGAAAAUACAAGUUCUGGAGAAUUGGGAGCUCUGAGAAUUAGAAACUACAGUGGAAAUGAACAAAAUGCCGUGACAACUUCUGUGAAUUAUGACAACGGAUCAUCUCUUAUUAGAAAGAGAACAGGAGGGUGGAGAUAUGCAAAUCUCUUGCUGGCCAAUCAAGCCUUAGCAACACUGUGUUUCUUUGGCGUCGGUGUAAACUUGGUUUUGUUCUUAACCAGAGUUCUUGACCAAGACACUGCCGAUGCUGCAAACAGUGUGAGCAAGUGGACUGGAACUGUUUACUUGUGCUCUCUAAUUGGUGCUUUCCUCAGUGAUUCUUACUGGGGCCGUUACUUAACAUGUGCUCUCUUCCAAGGCAUCCUCGUGCUGGGUUGUGCUCUCUUAUCAAUAUCGUCUUGGUUUUUCUUGAUCAAACCGGAGGGGUGUGGUGAUGGGGAGCUAGAAUGCAUGCCCUCGUCCACACUUGGCGUAGCUAUUUUUUACACGUCGAUAUACCUUGUGGCCUUCGGAUAUGGUGGUCACCAACCCACUUUGGCAACCUUUGGAUCGGACCAAUUCGACGAAUCAAACCCGAAAGAGAAGGAUUCAAAGACGGCGUUCUUCUGCUUCUUCUAUUUCGCUUUGAAUGUUGGCUCGCUCUUCUCAAACACCGUCUUGGUGUACUAUGAGAAUACGGGGAGAUGGACCUUAGGGUUCUUGGUGUCUUUGGGUUCGGCAGUUGUAGCCCUAGUGUCGUUCUUGUUUGGCUCGCCCGGAUACCGACAUGUUGAACCGAGUGGCAACCCUAUUCCGCGUGUUGCUCAGGUCUUCACGGCUGCUUCUAAGAAAUGGAAAAUUGUUGCGGCGAAUCCGGAGGAACUGUAUGAGGUUGAAGGAUCGGAAUCCGCCAUCAAAGGGAGUAGGAAAAUUCUGCACAGCAAUGGGUUUUCGUUUUUGGACAAGGCAGCAACUCUAACGGAGAAGGAUUUAGCCGGUCCGAUGAAUCCGUGGAGGAUUUGCACCGUAACCCAAGUGGAGGAAGCAAAAUGUGUACUAAAAAUGUUUCCAAUCUGGCUUUGCACCAUAAUUUACUCGGUGGUCUUCACUCAAAUGGCUUCUUUAUUUGUGGAGCAAGGUGACCUUAUGGACUCCCACGUUGGAAACUUUCGCCUACCGGCUGCUAGCAUGUCUGCCUUUGACAUCUUCAGCGUCCUCAUCUGCACCGGAAUCUAUCGCCAAAUCCUCGUUCCCAUAGCCGGAAGACUAAGCGGAAACCCUAAAGGCCUAACCGAGCUUCAUAGAAUGGGAAUUGGCCUCAUCAUUGGAAUGUUGGCGAUGCUCGCGGCGGGCAUCACGGAGGUUGAGAGGCUCAAACGUGUCAUCCCAGAGGAGAAGACAAGCUCUUUGAGCAUAUUUUGGCAAGUUCCUCAAUAUGUCCUAGUUGGUGCCUCCGAAGUUUUCAUGUACAUUGGGCAAUUGGAGUUCUUCAAUGGGCAAGCCCCGGAUGGGAUAAAGAGCUUUGGAAGCUCGCUUUGCAUGGCUUCUAUUUCGCUUGGGAAUUAUGUGAGUAGCUUGCUUGUUAACAUGGUGAUGGGAAUCACGGCCAAAGGUGAGCAACCCGGUUGGAUUUCCGACGACCUUAACGCCGGCCACAUGGACAGAUUCUACUUCUUGAUCGCCGCGCUCACCGCUUUCGAUUUUGUGGUUUACGUCUUUUGUGCUAAGUGGUACAAGUGCAUCAACAUCGAUGACAAUGGCAAGGAGAUUCAAAGCGUGGAAGAAGAAUCAGUUAUAGAACAAGAAGAUGAAGUUUUAAGUAAAGUUUAG